UUUUUUUUCUCCCUCCCUUCCUUCCAGCUCACCUUUUCUUGUGAAUGUUUGCUCAGGGAGGGAGCGCAGUGAGGUUGGCUGUGAUGGCCAGAGGGCUGUCGUCCCUGUGUUGGCCAAAUUAAUUUUGUGGAGGACCUCAUUUUGAGCACUUUCUGCUGGGUGGCUUCUUCCAAUGCAGUUGAAUGGAUGGAAGUGGGACUUUCCACUUGACAGAUACCAUUCCGUGUGCCGGGGAGGAGAAGCGGGUUGGCACGCGCACCGUGGUGGUUGGGCACCGGACGGUUUCGGAAACAGAUGCAUACGUGGCACAGAAGUUCUGCGAUAACAGGAUCGUCUCAUCCAAGUACACAAUCUGGAACUUCCUCCCGAAGAACCUUUUUGAGCAGUUUAGGAGAAUUGCCAACUUCUACUUCCUUAUCAUCUUCCUCGUGCAGGUGAUAGUGGACACCCCGACCAGUCCAAUAACCAGUGGCCUUCCGCUCUUCUUUGUGAUCACCGUCACAGCCAUCAAACAGGGAUAUGAGGACUGGUUGAGACACAGAGCCGACAAUGAAGUGAAUAAGAGUACUGUCUUCAUUGUGGAAAAUGCAAAGCAAGUGCAGAAGGAGAGUGAAAAAAUCAAGGUUGGAGACAUAGUAGAAGUGAAAGCAGAUGAGACCUUCCCCUGUGACUUGAUAUUUUUGGCCUCAAGUAGUGUUGAUGGGACCUGUUACGUCACUACAGCAAGCCUGGAUGGCGAGUCGAAUUUCAAGACUCACUACGCGGUGCGGGAUACCACUGUGCUCUGUACGGAUGAAGCCAUAGAUGCCCUCACAGCCACGAUUGAGUGCGAACAGCCGCAGCCAGACCUCUACAAAUUUGUUGGAAGAAUUAUUAUCUACAGAAGUAACCAAGAGCCCAUAGCCAGGUCUUUGGGUCCUGAAAACUUGUUGCUGAAAGGUGCUACCCUCAAAAAUACCAAGAAGAUUUAUGGUGUGGCAGUCUAUACUGGUAUGGAAACAAAAAUGGCUUUGAACUACCAAGGGAAAUCUCAGAAACGCUCUGCUGUAGAAAAAUCUAUCAACGCUUUCCUGAUAGUGUAUUUAUGCAUCCUAUUGAGCAAAGCUACUGUGUGCACAACUCUGAAAUAUGUCUGGCAGAGUAAUCCAUUUAAUGAUGAGCCUUGGUACAAUGAAAAGACUAAAAAAGAGAAAGAGACAUUCAAGGUGUUGCGGAUGUUCACAGACUUCUUGUCAUUUAUGGUCCUCUUCAAUUUUAUUAUCCCAGUCUCCAUGUAUGUUACAGUAGAGAUGCAGAAGUUCUUGGGUUCCUUCUUCAUCUCUUGGGACAAGGAAAUGUAUGAUGAAGAAAUAAAAGAGGGAGCGUUGGUGAACACCUCAGACCUGAAUGAGGAGCUUGGACAGGUGGAGUUCGUCUUCACGGACAAAACAGGAACCUUGACGGAGAACAGCAUGGAGUUCAUUGAGUGCUGCAUAGAUGGGCACAAGUACAAAGACUGCAUUUCAGAGGUUGAUGGCUUCUCCCACACUGAUGGGCCCCUAAAAUACUAUGGCAAAGCAGAAAAGAGCCGAGAAGAGCUGUUCCUGCGAGCCUUGUGCCUGUGCCACACCGUUCAAAUCAAGGAAGCGGACCAGGUGGAUGGGCUGAUAGGACAUCCAGAAUGCAAACACACCUACAUCUCCUCUUCCCCAGAUGAAAUUGCUUUGGUGAAGGGUGCAGAAAAGUAUGGUUUCACUUUUCUAGGACUUGAAAAUGAUUUCAUGAAAAUACGAAACCAAAAGAAUGAAACUGAAAUGUACCAGCUUCUCCAUAUAUUGAACUUCGAUCCUGUCCGUCGCCGUAUGAGUGUCAUUGUGAGGACCAUCACAGGAAAGCUACUUCUCUUCUGUAAAGGAGCAGACUCCUCUAUUUUUCCAAGGGUGCAGCAAGAAGAAAUCCAACAAACUAAAGUCCAUGUGGACCGCAACGCUAUGGAUGGCUACCGAACACUUUGUGUGGCAUUCAAAGAACUAACUCAAAAGGAGUACGAUAAAAUAGACCGACAGCUUAAUGAAGCAAAGAUGGCUCUGCAGGACAGAGAAGAAAAGAUGGCAAAGGUUUUUGAAGACACAGAAGCAGACAUGCACUUGAUUGGAGCAACUGCUGUAGAAGACAGGCUGCAAGAACAGUCAGCAGAGACGAUUGAAGCUCUGCAUGCUGCCGGCAUGAAGGUGUGGGUGCUGACGGGAGACAAGAUGGAAACGGCCAAGUCCACCUGCUACGCCUGCAGGCUCUUCCAGACCAGCACCGAGCUGCUGGAGCUGACGGUGAAAACAGUGGGGGAGAGCGAGAGAAAGGAGGACCGGCUCCAUGAGCUACUGUUGGAGUACCACAAAAAGCUGAUUCAGGAUGUUCCCAAACACCGGGGUGGCCUGAAGAGAAGCUGGACAUUGAGUCAAGACUAUGGACUGAUUAUAGAUGGCUCGACGCUGUCACUGAUACUCAAUCCUUCACAGGAUUCCAGUUCUAGUAAUUACAAAAACAUAUUUCUACAAAUCUGCUUGAAGUGUACUGCAGUUCUCUGCUGCCGAAUGGCUCCGUUGCAGAAAGCACAGAUUGUGCGAAUGGUGAAGAACACAAAAGGGAGCCCAAUAACGCUAUCAAUAGGGGAUGGUGCAAAUGAUGUUAGUAUGAUUUUGGAAGCACAUGUGGGAAUAGGUAUAAAAGGCAAAGAAGGACGGCAGGCUGCAAGAAACAGUGACUAUGCUGUUCCAAAGUUUAAACACUUAAGAAAAUUGCUACUAGCACAUGGGCAUUUAUAUUAUGUGAGAAUAGCACACCUUGUACAGUAUUUCUUCUAUAAGAACCUUUGCUUCAUUUUACCACAAUUUUUAUACCAGUUCUUCUGUGGAUUCUCACAGCAGCCUCUGUACGAUGCUGCUUACCUUACCAUGUACAACAUCUGCUUCACGUCACUACCUAUCCUGGCUUACAGCCUCCUGGAGCAGCACAUCAACAUUGACACGCUGACCUCAGAUCCACAACUGUAUAUGAAAGUUUCCGAUAAUGCAAUGCUGCAGUGGAGGCCUUUCUUGUACUGGACCUUCCUGGGCGCCUUUGAAGGACUCGUGUUUUUCUUUGGGGUUUAUUUUCUUUUUCAAAAUUCAUCAUUGGAAGAUAAUGGAAAGAUCUUGACAGCCUUUGGUGUUUGGGAAUUGGACCUUCGGAACGAUUGUUUUCACUGUGCUGGUGUUCACCGUCACUCUGAAGCUAGCAUUAGAUACUCGAUUCUGGACGUGGAUGAACCACUUUGUGAUAUGGGGCUCCCUUGCCUUCUAUGUGUUUUUCUCGUUCUUUUGGGGAGGAGUCAUUUGGCCUUUCUUGAAGCAGCAAAGAAUGUAUUUUGUAUUUGCCCAUAUGCUGACUUCUGUUUCCACGUGGCUGGCAAUAAUUCUCCUGAUCUUUAUCAGCCUUUUCCCAGAAAUUCUUCUAAUAGUUUUAAAAAAUAUAAAAGAGAAAAAUCAUCAGGUAACGAAGCGCCUUCCUUCCUCAGGAACAUCCACUAUCUUCAUGCUUUCUCAAACUUCCAGCAAUCACAGCUUUUCUUGGAGCGAAUAAGACUGGCCCAUUUGAUCUGCCUAUGUUAGUGUCAUACAAACGUAUAGAGAAUGGCUAUGUGAAGACUGAAGAUGCUGUUACUAAUUCGGCAGAAAGAUAUCCCUUCAGGAUACUUUAAAAUGCUCCAUACAAACAGUGCAUAUUGUCAGCCUGUAGGGGACAAAAAAACGAGCAAACAAAACCACGUGUUUUUUAACGUAAGAGUUCUGCUUAAUAUUACCAAGUACGUAAGCAGCCAUGCUGAUGAAGCAGUAGCCAGGCACUGGCCGCGGUACCUGUUUGUCUUUGGUCUUGUUGCUUCCUCCCUCCGCGGGCCCCCCCCCCCCCCCACCCCCCACCCCCCAAAAAAAUAAUCUGCCAAAUCAGAAGACUGCGGUAAUUGGAGACUGGGAAAGCAUCUUCUGGAAUUGUUCUAAAACAGCAUGAUCAAAGUGCAAGAGAGAAAUGCCUCCCUACGUCACAUGGGGGCUUCCUCUCACUGCUGCAGAUCUGCCUGAGAGCAGCAGAGAGUUGCUGAAGUCUCUUGCUUCACCUGACCAAAGAAGUAGCACAGACUUUAACCCAUAACAGCCCUGGCUGGCUCCCCGAAGGCACAGAAGCCAGAUGCAUCCCCGCGAACAUCUUGCCUGGUGCUGUGGGGGCCACCCCCUCCCAGCGUUGGGUGGCCAGAUGCGUGUGGCAGAAAUACUUGAAAACUUGGGAAAAAUCAUCGCUGGCAGCACAAUGUUCAGUCACGUGUCCCUCUGGGAUGGUUGGAAGCGAUCAGGGAUCCAUAAGCAGCAGCAGCACCCGUGCGGAGAGUGUGGUGCUGGGUGUCCUCCCGUGUUGGCUUGCUCUGUGCUGGUGGGUUUGUUCCUGGUGAGAAGUGAAGGCAGGAUGGUUUUUCCUUGUUUUGGAAAUGUACCAGGACUUCAUGGAGUAAGGAAACUUCCAUGGGGAGGGAAGAACCUUGAAAGCUGAGCUGUGCCGGACUUCCAGCCCAGGUUUGCCCUGGCUCCUGUGGCUGUGCUUGCGUUACUGCAGUGUGCAGCUGGUGAAACACUUUAAAGGUCUGAGUGACAGCGCAGUCCUUGGCCAGUCCCAGGGACCUGGACGGUGCCUGGGAACUUGCAGGCAUAAAACUGCAUCUUGAGUUAUUUGCACUAAAAAAAACAGAAGUUGGUUUUAAAAAUAAAAGUACAUUAAUCUGAUUUCAUUUUACACUUUAUUUGGUUUUCAAUUGGCAUGUUCCUUUUCAAUCUACCUUUAGCAAGGUAGUGGGAACUUUUCUUUAAGGUGCGAAGUUGCGUGCAGCAGAGGCAAGAUGCCUGACUCAAUUUUCUCUGACACUUCAUAUGUGGAAAAAGCAGCUUUUUCAUCGUGUUGACUCAUAUGCAGUCAUGGAGCACCCUGCGUGCCACCACCCGACCUAUGAAGGUCCUCCCUCGUGCUGCCUUGCCCUGUGGGCACAACCUGCGGCCGGAGGCUUGCACAGAAAUACUGUGAUACACACUCACAUCUACCUUCAGGAGCAAUGAGCUUUACACUGCAGCUGGGUUUUUACCUCCUGCUACGUCUCUUAGGCUUUGUUUUGCUUCCAUGCAAGGGAACAACAAACUGGGGCUAGAUUGAACAUUCCCUUCAUCAAAUUUUGCUAGAGUGGACUGUUAAUUCUCUGAAGAAUCUCUUGCUCUCUGGCUGCAAAAUUCAUCUUUUUCAAAAAAAAAAAAAAAAAAGUCAAGCAGGAUCCAGAUAGGCUGCAGGCACAUCUGGCAUAUGCGACAAGGACUCUGUGAUGGCCCUACCCAUGUGGGAGGGGAUGGAGAUGGAAGGAGCAGAGGGAUGGGCAGAGCCCCUGUGGCUGCCCUUGAACCAUCCCGCGUGGCAGGGGGCUGUGGACAGGACUGCUGUAUUAUAUGCUCUGCACUGGCCUCAACGUAAGUGGUGUCUGUCACCUUGUGAGCAACCACAGCUCGACUCCUUGCUGCAUGCAAGUAAGGAGCUGCGCUUCCAGCAUGUGUCCCAUGGGCAAAGCUUUUUUCUUUUUCCUUUUUCUAGCUCAUCUCAUGGACCUAGAAUUCAGCUUGCAGACCUUGCCCGAUUCUCAAUUUUAACUGCUAAAAUGUUGUGUCUACAGAUCGAGUAUGCGAUGAAUACAAUGAAGAUGCGCUUUAUAUGCCAAAUCUAACCUUUCUACCUAAAUACACACUUGCUGACUCGUGUUUACAUAACCUUUAAAACGCGCAAUUCCUGUGAUUCAAAACCAUUCCAAGCCCCAGUUGUCCCAGGCCUGACAUCCUGCUUCUCAGUUUUUCUGUUGUAUUCUACUUCUAGGGUCAAAUUCUGUUCCCGUGAGAUUCAGCUGGAAGUCUCGCUGUUGGUGUUAGUGGGAACGGAGCAAAGCUUGCCGUGUAUGUGCAAUGUGUGACCUGUUUGAAUAAAGCCACUGAAACAGGCUGAUUGCUGUGGCCUGUGUUAAGCUGAAGCCUUCUAGGAACCAAAUCUUUCUCUUCCUGUUUUCAAGUAUCCAGUCUCAGUAUGGAGCAAGCCAUUGCUGUAGCUGUACGUUCAACCCCAAGGCAUGUAUGCUGAAAAGCAGGGUGGUGUUAAGAUGAAAUGUCAGGAAUAGCAGCUCCUUUGGGGAAAAGCAAGUUUUCUUGGGCUUGGAUUUCCAGCUAGCACAUGGAUGUAGUUCCAGGACUGCUGUGCAGCUAUGGGCCAGAAGAGCUGCCCCUCCUUGUGCAGCAGCAGCAGCAGAAGUGAAAUUUCUGUUGCUGUGGAUGUAUCAUGAAAUCAAGGGGAAUGGGGGACACGUGCUGGAGUCACAGAAGGAGAAAAAAGGCAGUGAUAUUAAGUGUAAGGUAUCAGCUGUCAGGCUGGGGGAAGUGGCAGUAAUCUGGCAGUAAUACUGUGAUUGUUGUUCAUAUGCCAUAACACAAGCUGCACUGUUACAGUGCUCGUUAGCGAGCUAAAAGGUCAGUACAGGCUUAUCGGUGGGGAAACUUGAAGGAAAAAGGCUGGGUUUUUUCAUGGUAAUCCACUGAAGUUUAAUCACUGUCUAGUGACACUGAAAGAUAAGCAAAGUAAUUAAGAUUCCCUCGAAAAAUGUAAUGUGAUAAUGGAAAACCUUGCUGUAUUCAUAGCUACUUUUCAAAAAACUAAUCCUAAUUGUUACAAGAAUAUUAUAAAUGACUUGGAACUGCAUACAGGCUUAAAUUUGAAUUGGGUACACACAGUUGAAAAACUUACCUAAUACUGCACUAUUCAUCCAAUUUCCCAGCUAUGGAUUUUUUUAAAAAAA